AUGAGUGGAAACAAGAAAUAUGCUUCAACUCCUAUAAUAUCUACUAAUGAACUAGCAAAACAGAUGCAAAUCGAAUUUCAGACACCAGAAGCAAACUUUGAUCCUAUUUCUCUAAAAAAUGACAAUCAAGCCAGGAAAGAAAUCGAAGAUUUAACAAAACUAAUUGCAGAAGGCAACGAAUGGGAUGUACAGGUGAAAGCUAUUUCACGUGCCAUGAGUUUAAUCAAUGGUGGCGCGUUAGAAUAUGAUUCAUUCGCAAGUAAAAUCCCAGAUCUGAGCAUUGGACUUAUUGCAGGCUCUUCAAACUUACGUAGUGCACUUGUUAAGAACUCGUGUUUAUUCAUUAGUCUACUUGCUCAUAAGUUAAAGAAAAAAAUUUCUACAAUGGGUGAAAUGAUAAUGCCUCUUAGCAAACAAACUACACAUGGUACACUUAUUAUCGCUGAAAGUUGCAAGCUUACAAUUUUGGAGAUUGUAAAAUAUUGUCCAAUCAAAAACGUUUUCUUAAGCAUUAUAGAGCUUUCAAAGUCAAAAGCAAUAGAAAAUAGACAGAUUUCAGCUGAAUCAUUUAUAUUAAUGCUUACAUAUUGGGGAAAAACAUUAAUUGAACAAAACAAUGAUGUUGUAAUGAAAACAUUACGUUUGCUUCUUGUUGACUCAUCACAAGAGGUAAGAAAUGCUACCCGUAUUGCUUCAAAGAUCUUUGCUUCCAAAUAUCCAAAAUAUUCUGAUUUAUUUUUGGCAACUCUUGAUUCUAAGACAAAAUCAGCUGUUCUUGCAGCUGAAGUUCCUCCAGAAACGCCUCCAAUCAAGCAAGAUCAGGGAGAUUUAGCUGAUAAGAAAUUUGAACCGGCAUCUCCAAUUGAACCGAAAGUUUCUGGCCAUUUAUUACUUUCACCUCAUUCUCCAAAGAGCUAUGUUGAAGAAGUUAAUCAGAUUUCAGAAAAGCAAAAAGAAAAUGAAGAAAAUCCUUCUCCACCAAAGAUGAAUUUUGUUCAAGAUCUCAUAUUGGAUGACACUAUUACUCCACCAGAAAAAUAUACAGUCCAACCAAUCACAACUCCCAAGAAGCCAACAAAAUUACCUGCUAAAAAGAAAACUCCACAGCAAAAAGUUCAAGCUGAACCAGAAGACGCAAACAAGCCAUCAAUGAUACCUGUUUAUGAUAAGAAGUCUGAUAGAUCGAAAUCUCCUGCUUUACUUGCGAAUACAAGAACAAUUAAACCUAAAAUGUCAUCAAAACAUCGCUCAAGCUCGGUAAGACCAUCAUACAAAUCAGAUCAGAUCAAAGAUCUCAGAAGAAACCUCAAUGAAGAAUUAAAUAAUGAAGAUUUCCAAAAUGUCAACAACAAUGAGCAAAAAGUACAAGGAAAGGAGCCAAAAGCAAACAACAAGAAAGCAAAGGCAAAUAAUACUGCAAGAUCUGUUAAAGAUCCGAGAAGAAAUUCCAAAUCUAAACAAAAAUCGCUAACAACUGAAGAAACAAACACUCAAAAAGAUGGAAAGAUCAUUAAUGAUAUUGUUGAGAAGGUAGAAUCCCCACAAAAGAGGAAAUCCGAAGAAUCAAUGGCACCACCACGUUUAAUUGACCAAGGAAAUAGGAGAAGAAGCUCAAAUCCAAAUAAGAAAGUUGUUAAGAGAAGAAGCACAAUUGUUUUAGAAGAUGGAAAUGAAAGAACAUUCGUUGAUAGAAUCAAUGAAGUCAUUGAAAUGAAUAAUUACGAAGAAAUUACAGGACAAAUCAAAACAAUCGUUCCUGGAUUAGUUAUCACAAUGAACAGCAAAUCAAGCUAUGCUUCAAACAAGUCAUUGUCUUUGAUUUCUUUGUUGAUUCCUCAAUACAAAGAUGAAUUUCAACUUUCUUUGCAGGCAAUUUUUGACGCUUUAUUUGGCGGUUUGUUAAGUGAUGUCAUUGCAAAAGAUAACAGAGAUUUGAUGGAUAAUUUACUUGCUGUUAUCAAAGAAAACUAUUCUCCAAAUGAUAUCAUUGUUUGCUGCAGUUCACAGGCAUCAUCACAAAGAUUAGUUAAAUACAUCGAAUCUUUCAUUAAUUUGGUAGUUUUUAAUGAUGAAAACAAAGAUAUUGCGAAGAAAAUUGCUCAAAUAAGUGUUUCACAAUAUGAAACAUUACAAGGUGAAUCAAGAAAGAUAUUGGAUAUCAUUGCCAAAAAUUCAAGACAAAGUUUGGUUGAAAUAAUGAAAACAUCUGAUCAAAAACAAAAAGAAAUCAUCAAAGUUAUCAUUGAUUAUGUUGACAAUCAUUAUGGAGAAUGUCCUCAAGUCGACAAUGAUCAAAAUGUUGAUGAAAUGUGCAAGAAAGUCUUGAAUUUCGCAAAAUUGGCAACAGAAUUCGAUUACAACAAUGCAAUUGAUAAUUUAUAUCAAAGUUUGUCAGAUGUUGUUUUGCAAAAAGAAAAAGAAGCUGCUGAAAAGAUAUUCCAAUGCAUGAUUAACAUUGUUGAGAUGAAAGGUGUUGAUCAUUUCGAAUAUUUCGCAAGAAGCUGCCUUAAACACUCUGAAAGAUCAAAAAUAGUAAAUGUUUUGAAGCUUUUGGAUAUAAUUGAGUGCAAAGCAGGAGGUUCUAAAACAAUUACAUUCUUGAUUUCAUCAGUUAAAGAUGAUAAUGAAAAUAGUCCUCUUUAUAUUGAUGAGUUACAAAGAUGCAUCAAAAUGAAUACAGAAAUGAUGAGAUUACAUGCACAAACAAUGACAGAAAUGCUCUGCAAAGAGAUAGAUAACGAAAAUAUUUAUCUGAGAAAGAGCAUUGUUUUCUGCAUUGCUUUGAUUGUUAAAACUUAUGGAGAGAACGCUGAUAAGAUCGUCAGAACUCUUGAAUUACCAAAGCAAAGACUUAUCUCUAUUUAUAUCAACAAAUAA